CGGGGCCCGGGCGGGGCCCGGGCGGUACCGGGGCCAUGAACGGCGGCGGGGCCGGGCCGGGCCCGGUGUGGCUGGCGGUGAGCAGCUCGCUGAACGCCUUCCGCGCCUGCAAGCGCUUCUCGCCCGCGCUCACCAUCGCCGAGCUCAAGUGCAAACUGGAGCUGGUGGUGGGCUCCCCGGCCUCCUGCAUGGAGCUGGAGCUGUUCGGCGCCGAGGACGAGCCCUUGGGGACGCUGGACUGUGACGAGGCCCUGCUGGGCUCCUACCCCGUCACCGACGGCUGCCGCGUGCACGUGACCGACCGGAGCGGGGCUCGGGCCGGGCAGUUCGAGGACGUGACGCAGGUGGCCAAGUACGAGAUGGCCGAGAGCGACCACCCCCGGUGUCCCCUAGAGUCGAUGCGCUCGUUCCUGCGGCAGCGCUCGUGGGGCCGCUGGGACCGGGAGCGGGAGGCGCAGCGGCAGCGGGAGCGGGAGCAGCGGCGGGCGCAGGAGGCGGCGGCGGCGGCGGCGCUCCCGCUCGGCGCCCGCUGCGAGGUGCGAGUGCCCGGCCAGCCCUGCCGGAGGGGCACCAUCGCCUUCGUGGUGGGCGUGGCUUCGCCGGGGGGGCGUGGCCUCGCCGUGGACCAAUCAGAGCGCUCCUGA